GUGGGGACACAGGAGUUGCAGCCUCGAGAGGCGCAUCUCAUGCUUAAAUACAGAGCCCAGAGCAGCCGGCCAGGAGCUGCCCCAGGAGUGGGAGCCCGUGUCCUAUGUGUUUGCUACAGAGUGGGAAAUGAGCCAGGAGGGACAGACUGAGGGAGCACGGUGCUCCUUCGCUUGAAAGAAACACAGCUCUUAAGAAAAGGACACAUACUACCCACAAGACAAAGGCAAUGAGUGUGCCUGACCUCUGGAGCCCCCCAGAAGCACAGUUUUGCUUUGCUGCGACAAACAAUUCCUGCCCUAUGAAGGCAAGGCCCACAUACGUUGUCUGCGCCAUGUACCUUGUCAUGAUUGGAGCAAUAGUGACAACCAUGCUUGGAAACAUGGUCGUGAUCAUUUCUGUUGCCCACUUCAAACAGCUCCACUCCCCAACCAACUUCCUUAUUCUCUCUAUGGCCACCACGGACUUCCUGUUGAGCUGUGUGGUCAUGCCUUUCAGCAUGAUCAGGUCCAUCCAGUCCUGCUGGUAUUUUGGAGACCUCUUUUGCAAAGUUCACAGCUGCUGUGACAUCAUGUUCUGCACCACCUCCAUUUUCCACCUCUGCUUCAUCUCAGUUGACCGCUACUAUGCCGUGUGUGACCCCCUGCACUAUGUCACCAAAAUCACCAUCCCUGUCAUAGAGGUCUUUCUACUUGUCAGUUGGUCAAUUCCCAUCCUUUUUGCCUUUGGUUUGGUAUUCUCUGAAUUAAAUCUGAUCGGUGUCGAGGACUUUGUUGCAGCUGCUGACUGUACAGGUCUCUGUGUGUUGGUAUUUAACAAGCUCUGGGGGGUGCUAGCUUCCUUCAUAGCCUUUUUCCUGCCUGGGACGGUCAUGGUGGGGAUUUACAUACACAUUUUCACAGUGGCCCGGAAGCAUGCCAGGCAGAUUGGCACAGGUCCUGGGACAAAACAGGCCAUCUCAGAAAGCAAAGUGAAGGUCACCUCCAAAAAGGAAAACAAGGCCACCAAGACCUUAAGCAUCGUCAUGGGAGUGUUUGUGUUGUGCUGGCUGCCAUUUUUUGUCUUGACAAUCAUAGACCCUUUCAUUGAUUUUACAACCCCGGAAGAUUUGUAUAAUGUUUUCCUCUGGCUAGGUUAUUUUAAUUCCACUUUCAAUCCCAUCAUCUAUGGCAUGUUCUACCCUUGGUUUCGCAAGGCCUUGAGGAUGAUAGUCACAGGAAUGAUCUUUCGCUCGGACUCUUCUACCUCAAACCUGCAUCCCGCACAUCCUUAG